UGCUCAUAAUUCUUGUGGUACCCCACCCCACCCCACCAGACAUAAUUCUAUCUUGAAACAUCUUACAUACAUAAUCAAUACAAGUUAACACAGAUCGAAUUUCUUUCACUCUGGAGCUCUUUCUUCUUUCACCUUUAUUGAGCAACCAUGAACUUCUUCUUCUUCUUGCUUUUCCUCUUCCCUGAGCCAUGGACAGCAACAGCUGCUCAUUGCACGACAGUCGCGGCCAGAAAAACUUAUCAAAACUGCAUGGCCCUCCCUACCCAGCAAGCCUCUAUAGCAUGGACAUUCUACCCCCGCAACGCAACCCUUGAUCUUGUCUUCUUCGGCAACUUCAUCUCCCCAUCGGGUUGGGUGGCAUGGGGAAUCAACCCCACCUCUCCCGAGAUGACUGGGACUCGCGCCCUGGUUGCCUUCCCUGACCCCAAUUCAGGCCUUGUUGUCCUUCUCCCUUAUAUCCUCGACCCCACUGUAAAACUUCAGAGGACCCCACUUCUCUCUCGUCCACUGGACAUUCAGCUCCUCUCCUCCUCUGCCACCCUAUACGGUGCCGGUGGUGGUCGGAUGGCCUCCAUUCACAACGGCGCCUCAGUACAGAUCUACGCUACACUGAAGCUCGUUCCAAACAAGACAAAGAUCUAUCAUGUGUGGAACAGAGGACUCUAUGUCCAAGGCUACUCCCCAACAAUCCACCCAACAACAGUCAACGACCUAUCCUCCGUGGCCACCAUAGACGUCUUGUCGGGCGUGGUGACUGAGAGUAGCCACAACAGUAUCAAGACACUUAAAACCGUACAUGCAACCCUAAAUGCCAUCUCCUGGGGAUUCCUACUACCGGCCGGAGCUGUCACAGCACGCUACUUCAGGCACGUACAAUCGCUAGGACCCGCAUGGUUUUAUGCUCAUGCGGGUACCCAACUCUUUGCCUUCGUCCUUGGGACCAUUGGGUUCGCAAUUGGAAUACGGCUCGGGGAGUUGUCCCCUGGAGUGGUUUAUGGACUCCACCGCAAGCUGGGGUUUGCAGCAUUUUGCUUAGCGGGUCUGCAGUCGUUGGCUUUAUUAUUUCGGCCCAAGGCAACACACAAGUUUAGGAAGUACUGGAAAUCUUAUCACCAUUUUGUUGGGUACGCUUGUGUUGUCUUAGGAGUGGUGAACGUUUUCCAGGGAUUUGAGGUGAUGGGUUCUAGCAGGUCUUAUGCCAAGCUGGUCUACUGUUUGGCUCUGUCUACUUUGAUUGGGGUUUGUGUAGCUUUGGAGGUGAAUGGGUGGGUGGUCUUUUGUAGGAAAGCCAAGGAAGAGAAAAUGAGGAGAGAAGGUUUAGUUGGUGCUUUUGAUAAGGGGAAUGGUAGCAAUAACAACUCCUGAAUUGUAUAGCAUAGGUAAGGUUGCUGGUUGCAUUAUAUUUAUAGUUUCUUGAUGAGAUUGGAUUGAGAAUUCCAUAUGGGUUCUUCUUAAUUUGGCAUUAAUGUAGCUAGAGAAUAUUUUAAUUGAGCGCCAUUCAUUAUUUGAAAACCAGCUGGUUAUAUAUUGAUUGGUCUCUGUAAUUGAAUUUAUCUUAUUCAAUCUUAUCUUGUCAACUGUUUUAUGGUCUCUUUCCUUAGACUUAA